AUGGUGAAAGGCCGGGAACCUUCCCAGGGCCCUUCAGUGGACAGCAAAGCCAACCCCAAAAAUUCAGCAAGAGAAGAGAUUAGCCUCCUCUUCCCUCAUCCAAGCUUCCAAUUCACUCCUAGCCUUUCCCUACAACGCCGAUCCCAUCAGCAAAACCAGCCAGAAGACGAACAAGAUCAGCAUCACCAUCGUACCCCACCAGGCUUCCAUAGGCGGUUCCAAAAAGCAUACAAACCCGGCAACGAAUGGUUCCAGAUACCAGGCCCGGAUGCAAUCAGAUAUUACGAGGAGGAAUUAACUAGAAACGACUUGGGUCUGGACAGCGAAUGGGAGUAUGCAGAUGAGUUUAGGAGGCAGCUUAGGAAGUUCGUGCACCUGACGGAGGUUGAGGCGUAUGUUAGCGAAUAUGAGGAGGAUGAGUAUGGGUGUGACUUGCGGUGGAAGUAUCAGGGGCUUCCUAGCGAAGAGAAUCAGUGGAUUUAUAUGGGGGAACUGGGCGAGGGCGGGUUUGGAUAUGUGCAGUGCUGGGAGUGGUAUCCGUUUGGGAAUAGGGACCCUAUCAGGUUCGCUGUCAAGGAUACGCAAAAUGACCAGUUCUGGCAUGAUUACUGCUCUGAAGGAAAUCUCACACGCAGAGUUAAUGCCACCGGUUGCCCGAAUGUUGUCAAGGUAUAUGAUUGGAUUGACCUCGAUCCGCAGCCCCCUGAGUUGAUUGCGCAUAAUCGUACAUUUCGUAUUCUUUAUGAGUACUAUGAAGGGGGGUCGUUGUCUAACCUUUAUACCCAUUACAUGGAAUAUAAGCUCCUAUUGCCCGAAGCAUUUCUAUGGCAUCUAUUCCAUGAAAUAGCUACUGCUCUGCUUUACUGUGCACAUGGCCAUGAAGGGCCCAUGCGAAAGCCUGAUUGGGAGGAAAUCAUACAUAAGGAUGUAAAGCCGGGAAACAUUCUACUAGGCGCAGUCCCGUCGCCGAAUAGUGAGGAGCUAUACCCGACCUGCUAUCUUAGUGAUUUCGGACUGGCAUACACCAUCCCCAACGAUGAUGUUCGGGCCUAUAAGAAAGCCUAUCCGCUGGAAGGGACAGUGGAAUUUUUACCUCCGGAAGCCGUCGAUCGUUUCUCUUCUGGCGUCAUCGGCCCCAAACUUGACAUCUACUCUCUCACCCUCUCCAUCCGCGAAGCCAUUGAAAUGGCUCUACACAUGUACACGGCAGACGAAAUGAAUACCCUCCGAAAACUUCCUGGCGGGGGGAAUUACUUACCUUAUUCGCUGGACCUCAUCAAUCUAUGCCGUGCAGCUGGUUCUAGUAGAACCUAUAGACGCCCUGACAUAUACUCCCUAUGGAGGAUGACAGGGGAGCAGGCAAAGAAAUGGAAGGGAGAAGUUAGGGCGAAUAGGCGCCGUGUGGAGGCUAAGCGAGCCAAUUGUUAUGAUGGCAUGGUUCUUAUCGACCACGAUGUUAGACGGAGAUUUCAGAGAGAUCGGGCAUUUCGAAGGGAGUUUUUGAGAGAGGCGUCAUGGGAACAUAGGAAUAGAGGUGUGGUGAAGCUUGGAAAGGCGAUAGUCAAGAGGAUAAAGGAGGAGAAGCAAAACGGCGAGGGUUAUAGGGACUGGAUAGGUUCGGCUGUGGACCGAGCAGGAAUGCGGGAAGGGAGCUGUGCGUCUGAAGGGACAGAGCCGUGGGGCCAGCCGGAGUCGUGGAGCUGGACAAAGAGAAGAGCGCGAGGUUGUAUAUGA